ACAAUAGCCGAGUAUACAAUACGUAUAACAAAAAUAAUAUUUCUGACAUUUUUUGUCAGUUGUGUGACUUCAGUUAAAUAAAUUGCGAAAAUUUUAAAUUGUGUGAUUUAAGUUUAUUUUAGUAAGUUGCAUACAUAAGCGUGAUUUUUAUAGCCAUGUCGCGGGUCUCACUGGCGUUUUGUAUUUUAUUGCUGUUUAUAAGUGUUAAUAGCAAGGUUAUAAAUAAAAGGAAAUGUCCAGAAGUCAGGGCGGUACCACAUUUUGAUUUGACACAGAUGCUCGGUGACUGGUACGUCGUGGAAUACUAUGCGAGUGAGGAGGAGGCACUGUCUUACAGCUGUAUGAAGUCCGUCUUCACGCAGGACGACCAUGUUCAGUAUGAAAACGGCACCGUAGAAUUGACGCCGGGUGUGACAAUGAACUUUACUUACCGCUUCGCCGACGAUCCAAUUGGAGAGAACCUGCUGGGCAACAUCACGUGGAAGGUGGACCUCAAUGCACCAGCUCACUGGACCCACGCGGAGAUGACGUACGACGGGAUCUACAACACCUACGUCCUGGACACGGAGUACAAAACCUGGUCUCUACUGCUGCAUUGUGCUGAGCAAAGGGAGGGAGCGAGGUAUCUUAGCGCCUUCGUGCUGUCUCGCAAUACGACACUGCCGAAGAAUGUGAUGGCGUAUCUGAGGGAUAAAUUGCCGAGAUACGACGUAGACGUGAAUUACGUGUUCCCGAUCAAACACGACGACUGCUCCGACAAGACUGCCAGAGCCGACGAUACUCCCAUACUGAUAGAAGUCAACAGCACCAUACCCAGAAAACCUGGAGUGUCUUAUAAUGAUGGAUACUAAUACAUUAUUUAGGUUUAAGAUAUUGUAUUGUAUUGUGUUACCAUUUGAUUAAAGGUUUUUGGUACUGA